AGCGCCAUUUGACAACUUCUCCCUGCCACAUAGAAAAAGCAGCAGGUCCAUCCACAACCAGAAGAAGAAGAACGCCUACCAUACAAACAUGGAAGCACUGGCGCAGUAUCAAGAAGAGGUAGUGCAAGUAGUGGCCGAAGAGUUGAUAGGGAGAAACGAGGCAGAAGAGGACUUGUCCAACAGAAGCGAUGACGCCUCAGUAGAAGGCAUUCCAAAGCCCAUGGGCCCAUUGGAUGCGGGUCGAAUGGCUCUGGGAGCCACCGAGCGAUUGUGGGCACUGGAAAUCAAAAACGCUGCCAGCCAGGAGCCAGAAUUGGAGCCACUGAGUGACUUUUGGUAUGCCCAAUUUGCCCUGGUCUCACUCCAUGAACACCAUCAGAAUUUGGAGACUGCUCGAUCCCAUUUGCCUGAUUUGCUGGAGCGAAUGCAGGCAGUGCAGGACAUGCGACAAGAAUUUUUCGUCAGAGAUACCAUCACCCAUGGAAUGGAAGUCAUGUCCAAAGUAAUCCUCGAUAUGCACCCAGGAUUUAUCUUGGCAUUUUCCUAUCAUGCUGACAGGGGUGCCUAUUUGCGAGUGAUCAAUUUGACACAGUUUGACAUGUCCAUGUUCACUCACAAGGUGAAAGUCCGGACUUUCUUGGCAGGCCUUUGGUACAUUAAUCAUGCAACCAUUCCCGACAUGGAAGCCGCCAGACAGGGGUUUGUUCAAUAUGUGGAAUGCAAGGGCUACGAAUGGCGCAAUCCAAACAUGUUCCACGUCAAAGCGUUUUCUGAGGCAGCACCAGUCAUGCAAUUCUACCCCAUUCUCUGUCAACAAACCGUUCACUACAAUACUGGCAUGUUUGUCAAAUUACUGGCCAGCAUGGCAAAACGACUACUACCAAAGCACAUGACCAAGGAGUUUCUAUUUGAAUCAGGAUCCAUCAGUGAAGGUGUUACCAGGCUGGAAGAAAUAUUUACCACACCGACACCCGAUGUGGCCAAUCAACGACUUCUGGAUCGAUUGAAAGAUGCUCUGGAACGGCGGUAUCAAAAUGAAGCGGCCUUUGUAUUAUGA